UGUUUGUUAAUUUAUUGUGAUAAAUUAAUAAAAACAGUAAGUUUAUAAGUUUAAUGUACCAGUGUUAAAUUUAUUCACCUACCUAUCUCUCUCAACCCACGUCUCAAGAUUACAUACAACGUGCUACGUCGUUAAAUAAUUAAUGUGUUAUCGAUCGUAGUAUCCUGCACAACGAUCACUACAUAAAAUUUGGUGUCAGGUGUGGGGUCGUUUCAAUCGAGUGAAAAUAAUUGUUGUUCAAUUAAGUAAUUCGAAACCCACCGACGAACCACGUUCUAUGUCAUCAAGAGAUUUACGCUGAAUUGUAAGUCAGUUCAGUUUCAACAAGGCGAGUUCAAGGGACAACGUCCAUGGAACUCAACGCAAAUCAGAAAGGCUUGUAUCACGAAGUGCAGUCCAGGAUAACGGAAUUUCCACAACGCGGAGCCAAGCAGAGCCGAGCAGUUCAAGGACGCAUUUUUUCACCUCCCAUACAGAAAUGAACAAAGUGGAAAUAACACAUAAAUUUGUCAUGCUGGAUUUCGAGUUCUCACCGAUCGAUAGAUAUUCCAAAAUAUUAAUAUCAGGGGCUAUUUCUAAUAGCUUGGACCAGUUUAAGAUAACGAAACUGGAGGGAAGACCACUAUAUCUACCCAGAAGGCAUGAGGAGGUCAGACCAAUAAGCGACCAAGAAAUGCAUCCAGCUAUUAGAGAGAUACACCGGAUAUUUAAAAAGAAAUCGGAAAUCAGGGAGGCGUGUUUACAGCAAUUCAAGCUUAGUGUUAGGAGUCCUUUAAACACGUUGAACUCGACUUUUAUAAAAAAAUUAUUUAAACAAAGGAGUACAACAAUGUGUAAUUGUUUUGUUUUGUGGCCAUAGUGAUAAGGAAAUACUAGAGAAAUUAAAUAUUAAUAAUUAUGUGAUGUUAAACAUAGUGUGUUAUGACACGACCAACACACAAUCGUUUUAUUUACGGUUAGAAACAUGGGCGUCCCCAGGGGGGGGGACAAGACGGGGCACUUGCCCCCCUCUGGAAUAAUGUUAUUUCCACAAAAAUUGGUAAAAUUCAAAAUGUC